AUGCGAAAAGCCAUCAGACCGCAAUUGAAAGAGAGCUUGCGAUCCGACCGUGAAGUAUGGUGGACACAGAAAGUCAAAGAAAUGGAAGAGGCCGAGAAAGCCGGUAAUGCCCGGAGAUUGUUUCAGUUAAUCCGUGCGACCGGUCCCCGGAAACCACCUGAAAUCAUGCCCGACAACGAGCACUCGCAGCUCAAUCUUAUCAACCGAACGAUACAAUGCCUGCGUGGACAACUUUGUCCGUUUGGCUUUGAACUGGCGCCGUUUUUGGUCGGGUGGUACAAUGAUAUUGUAUCUGCACGUUUGAAAAUAGAUACGGUUACUGCCCCCUCUGAUGAUUGCGUGGCGCUGUGUAUCAUCAGCUCUCCCCAUAUGUUUGAAAACAGUUUCCUCCAUCAUUUGUUUGAUUGGUUCAAGGGAGAUGAGGUCACGUCGCUGGCGAAUGCUCUGAAGUCAAUUAAGCCUAACUUGAACGGUUGUGUUGCUCUUCCAGGACCGAAUGAUCCGUUGGACUGGUCCGUCCUUUUACGUAUUCACGAUGCAAUGGAAGCAUCACUUGGUGAUCUCAAAGCGCAACUACCAUCUGAGGAGUAUCAGAAGUUGAUACCAUCGCGUUUCAUUCCGGACUAUGCUAUGAAACCAGUAGUUCGGCUGCCCUACAUUCAUGUUCAGUGCGCGGGGCAUGUGUCUGGAAUAGCCUAUUUUCAUCGAGACGACCCGAUUCAUGGUAGUUCAUCUGCUGGUGGCUGCAGUUUGCACCCCCAUUAUGGCGGCUGGUUCGGAUUUCGUGGUGCAAUUGUGUUUCCAAACCUCCGUUGUCCGACACUGCCCAGACCGGUCCCAAUUUCUUCGCUUCCACCCGGGCAUCCUCCUUUUCCUCCCGAAAGCGUCACGCUUCUGUUGGACUCUUACCGGAACCGUUGGCGUGAGAACGAAUGGCGAAAUCUUGGCCUUCCGAGGGACUCAACUAACAUUUACUCUCCCGCUGCUCGAUGUUUCUUUAACACUCCACCGGAAAAGAGAGCAGCAUUGCUGGAGGGUUGGGUUCGUAAUGCUGACCUGUUGUCAUUUGCUGAUACUUUGUGAUCUUACUGUGCUCUUUCUGUGAGCGACCUUUCUAUCUCACCCUCCAGAUGCAUAUGCGUCGCAUUGUUGAAGUUUCUGCGUUCAAUUAAUUGAUUUCAUAGCAACGAGGAAUAUUUUUUGUUAGCAGGCAUUCCUACCUCACCUGCACAGUCUCUAGUCUUUUGUUAUAUUUUGUGAUGCGAUUUUCUAAACCUUUUUUCCUUGUUGAAUUUGUAUUUUCUACUCACUUUACGCAGAGAAUGG